GGGGCGGAGCCGGGCGGCGCUGCUCGCGGUCGGCUUGGGAGGCGCUCGGGCGGAUCCUUGAACGCUGCUGCUACGCGGCUGGGCGAGGGCCGUCUUCCUCCCGCAGAUCCCGGCGCGCGCGACCGCGAUGAGCUGGGAGCUGCUGCUCUCGCUGCUCGCGCUGUGCGCGCUGCUCGCGUUGGUGGUGCAGCUGUUGCGCUUCCUGCGGGCCGAUGGCGACCUGACCCUGCUCUGGGCCGAGUGGCAGGGGCGACGCCCAGAAUGGGAGCUGACUGACAUGGUGGUGUGGGUGACUGGCGCAUCCAGUGGGAUAGGUGAGGAGCUGGUUUACCAGCUGUCCAAACUAGGAGUUUCUCUUGUGCUCUCAGCCAGAAGAGUCCAAGAGCUGGAAAGGGUGAAAAGAAGAUGCCUUGAAAAUAGCAAUUUAAAAGGAAAAGAUAUACUUGUGUUGCCUCUCGACCUGACUGACAUAAGUUCCCAUGAAGCGGCUACCAAAGUGGUUCUCCAGGAGUUUGGUAAAAUCGACAUUCUGGUUAACAAUGGUGGAAAAUCCCAGCGUUCUUUGUGUGUGGAAACCAACCUAGACGUCUACAAGGAGCUGAUAGAGCUGAACUACUUAGGGACAGUGUCCUUGACAAAGUGUGUUCUGCCUCACAUGAUCGAGAGGAAGCAAGGGAAGAUUGUGACUGUGAACAGCCUCCUGGGAAUCAUAGCCGCGCCCCUGUCUAGUGGGUAUUGUGCCAGCAAACAUGCUCUUCGGGGUUUUUUUAAUGGCCUCCGAACUGAACUUACCUCAUACCCAGGUAUAGUAAUUUCUAACGUUUGCCCAGGACCCGUACAGUCAAAUAUUGUGAAGAAUGCUCUAACUACAGAAGUCACAAAGACUCUAGGUAGUGAUGGAGACCAGUCCCACAAGAUGACAACCAGUCGCUGUGUGCGGCUGAUGUUAAUCAGCAUGGCCAAUGAUUUGAAAGAAGUUUGGAUCGCGGAACAACCUUUUUUGUUAAUGGUAUAUUUGUGGCAAUAUAUGCCAACCUGGGCCUGGUGGAUCACGAAUAAGUUAGGGAAGAAAAGGAUUGAGAACUUUAAGAAAGGUCUGGAUGCAGAUUCUUCUUAUUUUAAAACCUGGAAGACAAAACAUGACUGAAGGAGUACUUGCCUUUUUCAAGCCGCUGGAGGGAUAAAUGGAAAACAUGAAAACAGCCAUCUUCUUAUACACUGAAGACUAACUUGUGAUUUUACUUCUUAAUAGAUACAACUUUCCUUUCAGCAUGCCAUUAAUAAAAGGUUGCCAUGAGUCUUGCAAUAAAGAUAGUAAUAACAUACUGCAUUCUUGGAUAAAAGACCAUUUUAACAUAGUCUAGCUUUUAUGCUUAAAAUCUAGAUCAGCAGACUGCUAACCAAAGAACUACAGCAAUCUAUUUAACAUAAAUGUAUGGGAUAAUACACGAAGCAGAGUGCUGGGUAAUGACCAAAUAUAAAGAAAACUCUGAAAGGGUUCUGCCUCCAAGGUACUUACAGUUACACUCUCUUAGAAGAAUUGACAGGCACAAACGACUGUAAUUUGAAGAAGUUGGUAGGACUCAUAGUAGCCAUACUUUAUUAAAUGCCAUUUGACCUAUUAUAUGCCA